AUGGCCGAUCUAGAUUCUGACUAUCACUCAUCGGAUGACGAAGAUUACGUGCCAGAGGAAGGUGUCGAGGAUGUCGACUAUCCAUCUGGUGAAGAGGAAGAUGAAGUAAAUGAAGAUAGUGGGAAAUCUUCCACAAAGAGAAAACGUGCUGGUAAAGACAAGCCGCCGGAAUCGACUGAAGAACCAUCCACAUCUACAGAGGGUAACGUCGAAGAUGACGCUAAGGCUGCAUUUCUUGCGCUUAUGUCCGAAGACGAUCCUAUUCUUGGACGGAAGCGCGCGGAAGUCGUGCAGAGCUCAUCAGAAAGCCCCAAGUCAAAAGGACGAUUCGGAAGAGAGCGUUGCUACCGCCUCUACCUCAUCACCCACGACAAAUAUUGA